AUGGUUUUUUCAACUCUCAUUUUGAGUCCCCAAUCAAUACAAUCGGUUCAGACAUUCAAUCGCUCGAUGGAGUUGAGGGCCUUAUACGACAGGAGCGAUGAUAAUGCCUUUGCGGACACAACCAAUCAGUCAGAUGUGAAUCGACUCAAUGGACACAACGGUGUCUUUGAGGUGAAGCCGACGGCCGCCGGAAUAAAGCCCGCCUGGAAGUCGUCCACCAAGAUUUUCGAGCCCUAUUCGGUGACCUACCGGUCCCCACAACCGGCCGAUCGCUUCAAUUUUGUCCUUUUUGUUGUCUUAAUGCAAGCGAUUGCUAUGUUUUUGCCCACAAAUAUGUUUAUUAACGCCGAAAAUUUUUUCCGUGACUUCAAACUCGAUUCUCCUUUUAAAGCCAAUAAUAUAACAAAUUUUACAUUUAAUAACAAUCUUCAUAAUAGUAUUGAAAGCAAUUUAUUGGUCAACAAAAGUUCUGUCUGGAGUUUUACGCGAAGAAUAACCAUAAGUAUAGUAAUACAGGCGCUGGCACUCAGUCUGACCGUAAUUCUGGCCCUAAUAAACACCAGUGAAUGCAAAUCGGCGUAUAUUUUGCUAACAUUUUUGUCGGUCAUUGUAUUGAACGCAUCAAACGGUGUGUUUCAAAACUGUGUCCACUCUAUGACCGCAUUUUUGCCGCCAAACUAUACGCGGGUUUUGGUGUUUGGCCUCUAUUUGGGAGGGGCUUUCAUGUCGGCCCUACAGAUCACAUGUUUGUCAUCCAUUCAAAGCCAGAGAUCGGCUUAUAUUUACUAUUUUGUCGCUUCUGUACUCCUAUUGUUGGUCUGCUUUGACGCCUACUAUGCCUCAUCAUUGAGUCGUUUUUAUCGUUACUAUAAAAGCAAAUCAAAGACAAACUUAAGCCAAGAGUUUGACGACCGAAGCGACGAUCAAUCGUCAAACGACUGGUCUUUCGUUGAGAUUUUAACUAAAUGUUGGAAACAUUAUCUCAAUAUAUAUUUAGUUUGUUUGGUCUCAUAUACGAUAUACCCGUCCAUUCAGUCCGACAUCAGACCCGUCACUCAAUCGCUCGCCGAUUACAUACCAAAUCAUUUGUGGACUCAUUUUACCAGUCAUUUGCUAUUCAAUAUAUCAUCAGCUUUUGGAUGUUUGAUCACCAGAUGUGCCAACACUGUCACUACAAGAGGUCCAUCGCAUAGCAGACUAUGGGUACUGAUUGUCACUCGCGUGGCAUUCAUACCAUUUUACAUAUUUUGUAACUUUUCGCCCGAAACCCGCGGUUUACCCGUUAUAGUGAACAGCGAUUUUGUUGAAUAUGAUGUUUGGCUUAACAAACGGCUAUUGUCUCACAUUAGCGCUAUGAAUGCGACCAAAGCGGCCAAACCUGACCACUCAUUGGCCACCGGAAUGCUAGCGGCGCUGUCCCUAAUGUCGGGCCUAUUGUCCGCAUCCAUCCUAUCAUUUGUUAUCACCCGAAGACCUAACACUUGUUAUCUCAUUGUCUUCACAACUCGUACACCAAUUAUCACCGAAACUCUUCACUCAAUCGCUGUUUAUCAUUGGUUAUCACGUCUUGGAUAUUGGGAUCAAAUGACUGACAAUUGUCGCCACUAUUUGUCUGAAGUGAAGACCGGAAGCGAUGUCCGCUAUUAUCUGUUGAGCGAGUGUUUGGACACCAAAUAUAAGUUAUCUCUCGUGUCGGCCGACGGCUGUCUCGAGGCUGACAUCGAUUACGAAGAGUACCGCCGAUUGAAUGCCGACAACGAGACCACCGAUGACUUGAACGAUAAGCACAAGAAGUUGUCGGAAGCGUUGAGAUUGGGCUCCAAACGAGUGUCGGCCGACACCGAGGACUACUGCUAUGACUUUGCCAUCAAUUCCGGUGACAAUACCAUCGCUAUAUCGUUGCACGUCUUUGAGGAUCAAGAGUUGAUCGCCGAACAGCCGCUUCUGACCAUCGCUUGUCGGCAGGUUUUGAUCGCCGAUCUCUUAUCGCUAGUGAUGUCCAAAUUGGUGUCAAUUAUGGUCACUAAAGACCAAUUGAUUGCCGAACUCACGAAACAGAACCAAAGUCUUCGUGAGUUAAGCGAGAGAUCUGUUAAAGAUUUGGACGAAUUUGUGGUGAAGAAAGAGGAAAACGAUUCUUUGCUUUUCACUAAAUUUGUGUCAAUUCUGAACCAAAAGAAGUCCAAAAUCUGUGAACUCGAAGAAGUGCUCAGAAAUAAAUAG